UGGCAGCUUUCGAUGAUGAUUCUGUAGAUAUUUAUUCUGGUUUGGAAAGUCCAAGUCUGAGGAUUUAUCCAAAUGCAGAAAGAAACUGCACACUCCUCUCACCACAGAAUCUGAGCUCUAUGGAUUUAUAUGAAGAAAUCAUAACAGAGGAACAACAGAAUAAAGACUCUUCCUACAAUGAGUUGAGGACAAGAUACAAUGCUGCACAAAGCCAAAUUGAAGAGUUACUUAGGCGGUUGCAGCAGAUUGAAACAAAGAAUACAACGCUGAACACUGAGAACAGCCGCCUGAAGAAGAACAUCUGUGCGCUCAUCAAAACAGCUAAAAUGGAGGUUGUGCGGAAGGACGAGGAGAUAAAUAGGUUGAGCCAAAGUUUCAGGCCAGAGAGAGGUCCUGCUGCUCACCAUCAAUCUCAGAUGAACUGCUUGAAAAAUCAAGUUCCAACAAGACUGAAUCCUACGGGGCCUUAUCAACCAAGCCAACCAGAAGUUCCAACCAGACUGAAUCCUACGGGGCCUUAUCAACCAAGCCAACCAGAAGUUCCAACCAGACUGAAUCGUACGGGUCCACCUCCACCAACUCAACUACCAGGAUCUAAGGGUUGUGUUGUAAAGGAUCUUCAUCAGCUGCUCUGUCAAAACAGAGAUGUGGUCCUCCCCCAACCCCCAUCUGACGCAAGAGUUUUCAGACCACCUCUUCCUGUCACCUCUAGAGGCGAUUCAGAAGCUCCAGUGAAAGGCACAUAUUCUUCUGUUAGUAGUUCCAGUAAGGACUCCGUGAAUAGACACCAUACACGUGAACUAGGCCUGUCAGACAAGCCGAAACAAACCAAGCACAGAGAAGGCAGAGGUGAAAAUCCCAGGCUGUCUGAGUCAAAGGAGCAGCGACAUAAAAACAGUCCAGAUGUAAAUAAGGAAUCUCAUUCAGGUGAGAGGAACCGGUCACACAGAGCACAGAAAGAUAUAGGAAAAUAUGAUUCUAAGUCAAACAGAAGCAGAUACCCUCAUCCCUCAGAUGUUGAGGUACACAGGAGAUCAGAUAAGUCUAAAAGCCCACACUCAGACAUUUUGCAUUGCACUGCUUCCUCUUACCGUACGUCUAAAGGAUUGUCUAAAGACAGUGCAGACAUUCUAUCAACAGGGUCUAGUCGGCAUGAUAAGGUGCUUAGCUUUGAUAAGGAUGACGAUAAGCGUAGAAGUAUUAAAGACAUUUCCUCUAAAAACAGAAGGCAUGCCUAUUCAAAUCAAGCCAGUCUCACUAAACGAUCCAGUGAAUAUUUUAAUCGCAAGGGAGGGACAAGUCCUCCAAGGGACCAUCGAAGGAAAAAAGAGAGAAAUAGAGAGGAUGAGAUUAGAAAAGAAAAAAACAAGUCAGGAGAAAGAAAAAGCAGUUGUACAGAGAGAGGAAAGGAGCGUGAGGAAAAAAGAACAAAGGAACGUAACCGAUGCAGUGCGGACGUCAGUAAGGACAAGAACAUGUUCAACGGUAAAGUCAGGGAGCCAAAGACACAUGGGGAAUCGGAAGUGCUUCUGCCUGAGGCCAAAGUGGCUGAGAAAAGCUCUAUAGAGGAAAAAGGUCCCAACAGAAAGUUAAGUUUCAUGGAAACUCUGAACCUCACCCUGUCACCAGUUAAAACACCAAGACAGUCUGCUGAAGUCAAGGAACAGGAGGAGGGCACACCACCUGAUGAGGUUCCUGAAGACCAGUCAGCAGAAGACGGUGGACAACCUGAUCUUGGAGAAUUGUUUUUAUUAGACAAAAUCAACAGUAGUGUAGUAGACACCCAUGAGGUCUUUGAGAACCCAGUUAUACAGCCCUCUUCAGAAAUCUCAACGCCUCCAGAACCUGAAAGUAUGGAGAGUAGACAUACAGAGAGAGAAUCUUGUCCGGAUGCUGAAAAGCCUCUGUCUGAAGCCACAGUAGCCAAAGAGCGACAUAAGUGCCAGUUAGAAGUAGAAGACAGUACUGUCCAAGAUGGCUCCGAAGGAAGGCCUGAGCUGCCCGUGGCCAUAGAGGGUCAGAGGACUAAACCCACCACACCAGAACCUCUCAUGAAGGAUUGUGUUUCAGCUCCAGACUGUGACAUUGUUUUGAAAACUCCACUGAAGAGCAGACUUGAAAAAUGUGCCUCAGAAAGCAAAACUGGCACAUCUAAGGAUUUGACUGCUGCUGCUGUCUCUGCGACUACUACUACUGUCACUGAGAAUUGUGGAAACAAUUCAAAUACCGACACUGGCCUAUCUGCUAAUGGACUUCCCCCUGAACAUUCAACUGGAGAUUCACUGGUUAUUAUUACUGACAAGUCCAACAGUGAAACUCCCAGUGCUUUGGUCUGUAAAAGCCAAGCUGUUGAAACUGUGACACAAGAUCCACCUACUGCUGUCUGUGUGGGACAUCCUGCUUUUGAAGGUAGUCCAGGAAAACAAUCAGAAUCUCUGCAAUUAUCACCCCUUGUCCAACCUGAGGGCCUUCAACAACUGCCUGCUUCCAUUAUUUCUAAUUCUAGUCUGGAGAAAGAUGUGACAGAGGGGCAAGAUGUUUCCAAGGAUGCUGUGUCCAGUACGAUUAGCAUGGAGGUAGAUAUCUGCAUCACGUCUGAGGUCAUUACUGAUGUCACGGAGAUACCUGUGGAGUGUGAGAAGGAGAGAACUCUUGUGGAACAAAGUUCCCUGUUGAGCAGUAUUGGGGUGUCUAAGGUGAGCAGCACCACAGGAGAGGUUGCACCAUCUGAACAGCACAACAGUGGUUUGGCAGAGACACCGAAGAAGUACCUCAAUUCUGAGCCAAGCUACACAGAGAAUGAAGAGGAGAAUGUUGAGCCCUCUAGCUCCAUUCCGAUGGCCCAUGAUGAGGACUCGAUGAUGCUCACACUGAGUAAUCUAAAAGUCAUUCCACAUGCCAUAAGCCCACUCACAAGCCCAGUCCGCCUGAAGACGAAUAGCCAGCAGCUGCCAUGUCACAGCAAACCUGCUUACGUCAAGAGUCUUUGCAAAGAGUUUCCCAGUGCUACUGGAGAUUCCAAUUCAAAGAAGUUGGAAGUGAAUCAGGAGAACAACAAUCCUGGCUGCUCCGUCACACGUGCUGCACAACGAGAUGUGGAUGAGACAUCUGUCCAUCCUUCCAGCCUUGAGGAACUGGAAGAAGGUGAAAUUGUUAGUGAAAGUGAAGAGGAAGAAACUCCAGUCAUGCCAAGUUCUCCAGCCAUGACGGUUAGGCCCACAAGAACUAAUAAAAAUCAACCAACUCUCAAGUCAUCCCCUAGACUUUCAAAGAAGCCGGCCAAAGAAAAUAGUUUAGUUUCACAACAGAAUUUUAAACUCAGAAGUAAAACCUUGACUUCACCAUGUGGAAGCCCCACAUCAAACAAAACCCGCUACAAAACUGUUCAACCUCCGUUACCCAAAGCUGCCUUGUCUACCGUGGAGGAGGUUAUGGCCAUGCUUGCAAAGAUUCGCUAUGAGUGCAGAAAAAAGUACAUGAAGCUUCAUUCAACAUUCCCUAAGAAAACCUUCUGCGGUGUUAUGGACAUGUCCUUUUUUCCCUCUUUUACAGACUUUGUUGAUAGUGUAAGCUUUACUAAACUAUGCAGCCAAGAAGAUUACCUCAAAGUUAAACUGAAGAACAUCAUCAUUUCUGUUUUGAGUAAGUUAUCAAAUAAUGGCAUUGUCAACCGCAUCUUUGACCAAGAACCACUUAAUAUGAAGUUGAAACUGUGGGAAUUCGUGGAUGUGCAGUUAGACUUCUUAUUCAAGGAGAUUCAGACUGCACUGAGAAGUGUUUGCAAAUCCUCAAACGGAAGUCAGUCGGCAGGAGCAGAAAAAAAAGACAGGAGUCUCUCUGGAAAUGGGGUACCCAAGCUGCCAGUGAAGUCCCCCAAGCUGCCAGUGAAGUCCCCCAAGCUGCCAGUGAAGUCCCCCAAGCUGCCAGUGAAGUCCCCCAAGCUGCCUGUGAAGUCCCCUAAGCUGCCUGUGAAGUCCCCCAAGCCAUCUGUGGCCGCUGAACUUAAAAUGCAGCAGGGAGUGACCAUAACCAGAUCUUCUGCACCAAAAAGACUGCAAAAGGAAUUCACUGAGUGUGUUGAAACCAGCAUGAAAAGAACCAGGUCUCGGACUGUCCCCCCUUGCAAAACAGGUCUUGGGAGAGGCAAAAAUAUUAAAAUGUCCUUCGAAGAGGAUAUGGAAUCGGUGCCUCAAACCUCAGAUCCUCCUGUUAUCCAACCUCCUUUGCAACACGUGGUAGAGAUCUUACCAUCAAACAGCUCUUCAUCUGCUGAGAAAACAGCAACCUAUGUUCGCCGGCUGUCUCAAAAUGGCUCACUCCAUGACAAGCCUGACUUUGAAAUCCUCACAGAACAGCAAGCCUCCAGCCUAACGUUCAACCUGGUAACGGACUCUCAGAUGGGAGAGAUCUUCAAGUGUCUCUUACAAGGGUCUGAUCUGCUAGAAACGAGUGUCUCAGCUGGGGACAAUCAUGGCUGGUCCCUUGGUACUCCUCUGAAAGAAAGAGAGCGUUUCCUAGGCGUUGGUACCCCAAGUAAAGUUGGUACUCCCUCUAAACUCAUUGCCACAUGGUCAGCUAUUUCACCUAUCAAGUUUUCCUCUCCAAAUUCAAAAGUACAAAUUCCAUUAAAUCCAUCUUUGUUGGAUGAGAGUUGCAUGUUAGAGGUGCCCUCCGGCCUACCAGAAAGCAGAAUGACACCACAGUCCAGUGUGUUCUCGCAUAGAUCAUAUUCCAUCUUGGCAGAAGAUCUGUCUGAGUCUCUCACAAUUCCCUCACCUCUCAAGUCUGACAAUCACCUCAGCUUUUUGCACCCAGCCAGCGGGGAGCCCAUGUCUGCUCCAGACAGUGUCAUCAGUGCACACUUCAGUGAGGAUGCUCUUAUGGAUGGGGAAGACGCUACAGAGCAGGACAUUCACCUUGCCCUGGACACGGACAACUCCAGCGGUGCAUCAAGCGGUGGUGGCAGGACCAGGGAGGCUCCUGUUAACCCCUUGUUUCACUUCAAGCCUCACUUGCCCAUGCAGGCAGUAGUGAUGGAGAAGUCAAAUGAUCAUUUCAUUGUGAGGAUACGGCAUGCAAACACAAACUCCACCAACUCGGGGGUCAACUCCACCAACUCGGGGGUCAACUCCACCAACUCGGGGGUCAACUCCACCAACUCGGGGGUCAACUCCACCAACUCGGGGGUCAACUCCACCAACUCGGGGGUCAACUCCACCAACUCGGGGGUCAACUCCACCAACUCGGGGGUCAACUCCACCAACUCGGGGGUCAACUCCAACUCGGGGGUCAACUCCACCAACUCGGGGGUCAACUCCUCAAGCCCAGGCAGUGUCAACUCUACCUACCAAGGAAAUAACUCCUCAAGCCCAGGCAGUAUCAACUCUACCUACCAAGGAAAUAACUCCUCAAGCCCAGGCAGUGUCAACUCUACCUACCAAGGAAAUAACUCCUCAAGCCCAGGCAGUGUCAACUCUACCUACCAAGGAAAUAACUUCUCAAGCCCAGGCAGUGUCAACUCCACAAGCUUAGGAAUUAAUUCAUCAAGCCUAGUAGUGAAUUCUUUAAGCCCAGACAUCAACUCCACCAACCCAGUGGUCAACUCCACCAACCUAGGAAUCAACUCAAGCCAAGGAGUAAACUCUUCAAGCCCAGGCAGUGUCAACUCUACCUACCCAGGAAAUAAUGCCACCAACCCAGAGAAUAACUGUGCCUACCCAUGUGUCAACUUCACAAGCCCAGAAGUAAUUUCUACCAACCCAGGCAUCAGCCCCACAAGUGCAGACAUCAAUCCUGGGGGUGCUGAGAGCCCUCAAACACCACCAGGAGAAGAAAAACAUGGAAAAGACGAAGAUCAGCCCCCAGAAAAAACUCCUUCAAAAUCCCCUUUUUCAGAGGCGAGUCCUCCUUUCUACCUUUCCAGCCUUUCCACAAUCACCGAAACAACAUCUGCGCUAUCUUCGCCAUGCCUCACCAUCAUAGAAGACACACCAGAGAGAGACCACAGCAAGGGUAAGACCGGGAAAAAGCGCACAAAGCACCAUGUGGAAACUAAAGCAAAGCGGGUUAAAAAGGAGGUGAUCCCAGAGAGGAGCAUGCAUAAAAAGAAGUCCUCAAAAAGUCCCAAAGGAAAGGGGACUGGAAGCUCCAAGAGAGAGAGAAGUGAAGUCAUUACUCCACCCCAAUCUACCCCUUCACCCAACAGCCUGUCUGCCAAGAAUAUCAUCGUAAAAAAGGGUGAAGUGAUGGUGACGUGGACAAGGGAUGAAGAUCGAGAUAUUCUCCUCACACUGAAGAUGAAAGGUUCCUCUCCAGAUACUUUCUCUGCCCUUUCAGAGAAAUUGAACAAGACACCCGCUCAGAUUGCAAAGCGAUUUUCCCAACUGAUGAAGCUUUUUAAGAAGAAGGAGAAGAUGGCAAACUGACUUCUGAAUUUUUUUUAUUCGAUGAAGAUUUCACUUACUAGGCUCCUUAUACUCUCAGACAUUUCAAGGUCAAGACUUGAAUGGCCCAUUUGAUGAAUGAGUGGAAGCAGAUCUGAAUGUGAUGCCUGUAAUUAAUGGACUUGGAACUAAUGAACACAGUCAACUAGAACUCCAACUGAAAUGUGUUUUUGUGCUGUGGUCAGUAAGGAUCUGAAUAUCCAUGAGGUAAAAUCCACACAGGCUUAAAUAUACAAUGUAUUAUCGCCCCACAGCCAAAAUGAAUACAACUUGUAUAAACUGUUUUGAUACGUCUGUUGAUUUAGCAGAUUUCAAUGCACUGGAUUUAUUUUUCUUCCAUUUUUGUGUUGAAUCUAAUCUACCAUAUUGAUCCUGGGCAAUAUCCCAUCUCAACUUCACAACUCUUAAUAUGCCCUAGCAAGGUUAUACCAUAUGAGGAGUUAAACACUUCUGCAAUCAUAUAUUUAAUCAAGUAAUUAACCAAUUUUAGCUGUAAAUAACAGAAUGGUGAAUAACCUAAUGCUUUUAUGGAGCAUUGCAGCCUGUGCUGCUUGUACAAAAUUUGUACUAAAGUUACGUAUGCUUUUCUACUUCAACAUAAUCUGUGAGUGUUUGGAAAUAAAGAUUGGAACUACAAUUAAAGUGACCUUUACUCUGUCACGUGGCAGAAAGUGCAUUUUACUGUAUUAUAUAUGGCAUUGACUUCAAGAUGGUCAGUUAAAUGAAAAAAUAAGCCACAGAUGUUCCAUUUUAGGUAUGAUUCAAGGUCUUACGUUUAUAGAAAUUAAGGAUUUUACCAAGUACACAUUUCUUGACUGCUUAGAUUUUUGGUUGGUUGAUUUUGGUUUUGGAUGGUUGUGAAUAAGUGACAACAUGGUUAAGAAAUAUACGUUGUGUAGCCUAUAUUGUACAUAUUUUGGUUUUGAAAAUAAAGUUUAUUUAUUUAACAUGG